CUGCGAAUUUGCCAGAACUAUAGUGCAAAAGCCUGUAUUGAUUUUUGUAUCAGGAAGCAGAGAUGAUUGCAGAGAAACCCAGUUGGAUUAGACAUGAGGGGAUGCAAAUUUUCUCCAUUGAUGUUCAACCUGGGGGGCUUAGGUUCGCUACCGGUGGGGGUGACCAUAAGGUCCGUAUUUGGAACAUGAAGUCUGUUAGCAGGGACUUGGGAAAUGAUGAAUCCACACAUAGGCUUCUUGCGACCCUCCGUGACCACUUUGGUUCUGUCAACUGUGUUCGGUGGGCUAAACAUGGUAGGUAUGUUGCAUCAGGGUCUGAUGAUCAGGUGAUUUUAAUUCAUGAGAGAAAGCCUGGUUCAGGAACCACUGAGUUUGGCAGUGGAGAGCCCCCAGAUGUCGAGAACUGGAAAGUUGCAAUGACUUUAAGAGGACACACUGCUGAUGUGGUGGAUCUUAAUUGGUCUCCAGAUGAUUCGACGUUGGCUAGUGGGAGUUUGGAUAAUACUGUCCAUAUCUGGAAUAUGAGCAAUGGCAUUUGCACUGCUGUUCUUAGGGGUCACUCUAGCCUGGUUAAAGGAGUUGCUUGGGAUCCCAUUGGCUCCUUUGUAGCAAGUCAAUCAGACGAUAAGACUGUCAUUAUUUGGCGAACAAGUGAUUGGAGCCUUGCUCACAGAACAGAUGGUCACUGGGCUAAAUCACUCGGAUCUACCUUUUUCAGGCGGCUUGGAUGGUCCCCUUGUGGCCAUUUUAUUACUACCACUCACGGUUUCCAGAAGCCAAGGCAUUCGGCACCUGUUCUAGAGAGAGGCGAAUGGUCUGCCACUUUUGACUUCUUAGGACAUAAUGCCCCAGUUAUUGUGGUGAAGUUUAAUCAUUCAAUGUUCAGAAGGAAUUCCUCCAAUGCUCAGGAAGUGAAAUCUGCAUCUGUUGGGUGGAGUAAUGGAGCUUCUAAGACCGGAGGCAGAGAACCACAGCCAUAUAAUGUUAUUGCAAUUGGGAGUCAGGACCGCACUAUAACUGUAUGGACGACUGCAAGUCCUCGUCCUCUCUUUGUGGCGAAGCAUUUCUUUACUCAAAGUGUUGUGGAUUUAUCUUGGAGUCCUGAUGGAUAUUCACUUUUUGCCUGUUCCUUGGACGGGUCAGUGGCUACUUUCCAUUUCGAGGUGAAAGAACUUGGCCACAGGCUAAGUGAUGCUGAACUGGAUGAGUUAAAAAGGAAUCGUUAUGGUGAUGUGAGAGGUCGAGAGGCAAACUUAGUAGAAAGUCCAGCACAGCUACUGCUUGAAGCAGCUUCAGCUAAACAGACACCAAGCAAAAAAGUUGUCCCAGACAUUCAGCAAAAGCAGACGCUGAUAAAAUCUUCCCUUGAUGCAGAGGUUGCAACAAAGAGUGAACCUCAAGCUGAUGAUGGGAAGAAGAGUGGUGGAACUGCUGCUGAUGGGUUAAAUAAAGUGUCAACUUCUACCCGGAUUUCUAGUCCUGUAAAACAAAGAGAGUAUAGAUGCCCUGAUGGCAGAAAGAGAAUAAUUCCAGAAGCAGUUGGAGUGCCUGUUCAACAGGAAAAUAUUUCUACUGCAGCUCAGUCCCAGGCACUCGACUUUCCUAUUAUUGCAUCUGAUCGCGGAAAGGACGAUAAUGGGUUGGUUCCUACUGAGGUUGGCUUUAAAGAAAGUUUUGUUAGGGCAGCAGUAGGCCGAAGCUCUGAUCUAAAGGAGCGUUCUGGAGUCACUGCUAGGGCUACAAUUUCUGAGAGUCUCAUUAUUGAGAAAGUUCCAGUCUCCAUGGGCAAAGAUGGAAGCAUCAAUGUGGAACAGUCCGGGAGUGCUAAGGCUUCUACUUCUUUGCCUGCUUCUAGUACUUCUCUUUCUAUCAGGGUGUUUGAUAAGAAAGGAGGAGAAGAUGCCUUACCCUUUUGCUUGGAAGGUCGACCUAGAGAACAUGCUGCAAGCGAUAUUUUUGGGGUGGGAAAUACAUUCAUGAUGAAAGAAACAGAAAUUAUUUGCACUAGGGGGCCUCAAACGCUUUGGUCUGAUAGAAUCUCGGGGAAAGUCACUGUUUUAGCUGGAAAUGCAAAUUUCUGGGCAGUUGGAUGUGAAGAUGGAUGCAUACAGGUUUACACAAAAUGUGGGAGACGAGCUAUGCCAACCAUGAUGAUGGGAUCAGCAGCAACAUUUAUAGAUUGUGAUGAGUGCUGGAAGUUGUUGCUAGUUACAAGGAAAGGAACGAUGUUUGUUUGGGAUCUAUAUAACCGGAACUGUCUCCUUCACGACUCAUUGGGAUCUCUGGUUGCAUUGAACUCAAACUCAUCUGCAAAAGAUGCAGGCACAAUCAAAGUUAUAUCUGCAAAGCUAUCAAGAUCUGGUUCUCCUCUGGUGGUUCUGGCCACUCGCCAUGCCUUCCUCUUUGAUAUGAGUCUCAUGUGUUGGUUAAGGGUUGCAGAUGACUGCUUCCCUGCUUCAAACUUUGCAAGCUCCUGGAAUUUGGGUUCAGUUCAGAGUGGUGAGCUGGCUGCAUUGCAGGUUGAUGUUAGGAAGUAUAUGGCAAGAAAGCCUGGUUGGAGCAGAGUGACCGAUGGAGUGCAGACACGUGCUCAUUUGGAAGCUCAGUUGGCAUCCUCUUUAGCUUUGAAGUCUCCUCAUGAAUAUCGCCAGUGCCUCUUGUCAUACAUACGGUUCCUUGCAAGAGAAGCAGACGAGUCUCGUUUGCGAGAAGUCUGUGAGAGUUUUCUUGGACCUCCGACUGGGAUGGCAGAAAACACAUCUUCAGAUUCAAAGAACCUGGGAUGGGAUCCUUGUGUGCUUGGAAUGAGAAAACACAAACUUCUAAGAGAAGAUAUUCUUCCAGCAGUGGCAUCAAACAGAAAAGUCCAGCGAUUGCUUAAUGAGUUCAUGGAUCUCCUUUCGGAAUAUGAGAGUGCUGAAACUAACUUGGACGAAAAAAAUACCUACCCGCGAACAUCAUCUCCAAUGGCAACUGAUCAAAGGAACUCUGCCCCGCCAGCAAUAGAUCAUAUGGACUCCAGCCCUGCAACUAUGGAUGAAAAGGACUCGACCCAGCUGACAAAAGAUCAGGCAAAUUCUGCACCACCAACAAUAGAUCAAGUUAGUUCAGAUCCACCAUUGCCAGAUCAACUUAAUCUGGUGCUGCAAGGAAAAGAUGCAAGCUCUUGAAUUCUGCAAUUUUUAACCCUAGGAGCUAAUUUCUUCCAUAGGGGCAUGCCGACUUCAUGUUCCUGAAGUGGAUCUUGCGUUGGGGUUAAUCUUGCCCAUAUCAGCUUCCUUGCUUAAGAAUGGCUAUUUGCAGUGUAAAAGCUUUCCUCAAUUAACUGGCCUAUGCCCUCAAGGUCCUCUAUGAAGCUGCAUCUGGAUUUGAAACAACAUAUCUAUCUAACUUGCGUGAUGCACCAAAAUUCUCAACUUGCCUUUGGAUCAUCAGUUUUUUGUCAUCAACAUAGUUGAUCUUAUUUCUUGUAUAAUAUUAACAAUAAUUGUGAAUUAUUCAUCUUUCCAGCUCUCCUGUCUAAUUGGAUCAGAUAGGUUCUAACUUGUAUUUUACUAUAAUGGAGACUACUACACAGAUUGGAUCAAUUACUGUACAAUGUGUAAUAUUGCCAAUGAUUAGUAUUUUGUUUUU